AUGCCAGAAGACGACCUCUCCAGCGUUGAUAUUGCCCAAACGCUUGCAGACCUUGCCCGGGGCGAAAUGACCGCGUCCGCUCUCGAGAGCCACCUCAACGAACUAGAAGGCAAGGUCGAGGAACUCCUAGCAGGAUUCGAACGCCACGACCCGAGCACCGACAACCCCGAAUCCAAGGCAGGAGACCACAGUACCAAACAAGAACCCAAAAAUGACUCAACGAGUGCCAAAUAA